AUGCAUACCGUCCCUCAUAUUCCCGCUGGUAAGACAGAUUUCUUGCAAACAUAUUACAAACAGGCCGCCGCAAUUUUCACCAGAAACAUAUAUUAUAAAGUAAAAGAACAGAUUGAGGAAGAGCAACCCUAUUCAAUUUCUCAUCGGGAAGAUCAAGGGGAUUCAUACCUCUUCUCUUUAGCUAGAUUCCAAUACGGUACGAUAAGACACCGAGUCUUAUAUAACAAAGAGAAGAAUGAGUUAAAUUGUUCGUGUUUGUUGUUUGAGUCCGAUGGUAUUCCAUGCAAGCAUAUAUGGUGUGUAAUGAAAAGUCUUGACAUUCGAGUUAUACCAGAAUCCUUAAUAUUAACUCGUUGGCGAAAGGAUGUCAAGACUUCUUCCUCUACACAAGUUGGUGAACACUCAUCCGAGCAUCAAAAGAUGACCCAAUUGUCAAGGUUUGGAGCGCUCAAUGCUUAUUCAAACUCAAUGAAUUUCUUUGCAUCACACUCAGAAGCAACAUUCCAAAUGGCAAAGAUGGAGUUGGAAAAACUUAAUACCAUCUUUAGGGCGUCUUACGAGGAGGGACAUAAUAGCCAAAACUCGCAACCAACCACAACAUAUCGUGAUAAUCCAAACAUAAUCCAAGAUCCUGUAAGAGUGAGGACGAAGGGCAUGGCCUCAACGAAUUCUAGAAAAGGAACAAAUGAUGGAGUACAAGGAGGUAGGCAAUGCACACUUUGUGGAUGUCGAGAUCAUAAUAAACGAACUUGUAUGAGAAGGACAUGGGUCUAA